AUGCAUAUGUGCCGAGAUUCUGACUGGCAUUUUGUGGAUGCUGUUGACAGGCAGAAUAUGUCUCCAUUUGGAGCCAAACCACCGGAAGGUCGCGGGUUCUCGCAUUCGACCAUCAUGCUGUACUUUCAAAAGCACUCCCAAGACUUGCGAUGGUUGGACCGUUCAUCUGUAAAGUUUGCUGUGCAAACUCCUCAGAGUUCUAGUCUAGAUAAUAGCAGAUUUUGUGGAGCAUCUAGCUGCGAUGAAACGAGACGAGUGAAAACGCAACUUCUUCCCCCUUUACAACUCCCCUCUUUUAUUGGCUUAUUGGCGCAGACAGCUGUCUUCAAAUGUCCACAGGGUGAGACCGACAUAGCGCCGGCAAGGAAUGCAAAUGUUCCUGGGCUUCUUCUUCUACCACCUCCUUCCUCCCGGCAAGACCUCUUGUUGCCAGACGUUUGUACAGGCAGUAUUUACGUGCUCUAUACGAAAGAGCAUCUGGUGACCACCAUGCAUCAGUGGGGAAUUUCUAGUCCCGAGUAUAGCACACUUAUCACAAAGUUCGGAGCUAUGUUUGUUGCUGGUCUUGUCGCUCUCGCCUUUGGUGUGUCUGCCCUCCCGGCGUCCAUCGACUUUGGAAGUCUUCCCGAAGGCUUUACCGUCGUGGAUGGUUCGAUUCGCCCAGUUUCUGGUGGAACUCUUGGCAUCUAUAUCCCUCGUUCUGAUGUUACACCCCCCGCUGGUUUCAACAUGGAAAUCGAUAUUUUACAGAAUGUUGACCUUUUUCCAGUGGUGUCAAUGGAAGUGGUUGCCCUGCUGGAUCCGCCUACUAUGUCUUGA